CGACGUCGACGUGCAUAUUAUUUACUGGAGAACACUUGGUUCCUGCGCUAGUUGCAAUCGUGAGGCCAGUCGCGUGAUACCGAGUAGUUACAAGUGCACAAACUCUCCACCAAAACCUUUGAUGUGACUGAACUCCUUUGAGGAACCGCUACUGUCACGGGUUCUGGACGUUUCAAAUCGACACCGACAUCAUAUUCCAGCGAUUAGUGAUACUCAUCCGAGUGGAAUUAAAUCACGUUGAAUUAGAGGGAUUCUAUCACAGAAAAAGGAGAAAAGAAUAGGGAGAGUCAGCAUCCUGAGAAAAGAAUUUGUCGAAAUCGGUAUCGUUAGUGCACGAAAGGCCACGCUAGGAGCUGACAUCCAAGAUGUCUUCGAAGGUUGAGAAUUCCACACUAGUGUGUAUACGCAUAUCAUCAGCAGGAUCGAUGAUGAAUACAGAAUUUCAUCGACUCUCAGCGAAAUUCGGAAAAGAUAUAUUUUCUGUUUGGAUCAAGCCAUCAAAACCUUUCCCACCGAAUGCUGCAGCACUCAAAACUGGGUUGCAGAGUCGAGGUUCUUACAUGCUCUUUCGUGGUCAAAGAGUUGAUAGUGUCAGCAUGAAAAUGGCUUUGUCGAUGUUCCUCGGAGCUCUCGAGACAUUAUCAAAGCCAGCAUUACUCGUUACCCAUUCUGAGAGAAACCGCUUCGUGCUGCUUCUUCAAGAAAUUGAAAAAUGGGGAAUGACGGAUAUGUUUAAAAAUGUCCUUGCAGGUUGUGCGGAUAGUUAUCCAAUAUUUAAACAACGCGACCAGAAUUUGAAGGAGCGAAAUCAACUCGCGUUGCACAAUCUUUUACCAUACUUAUCGCACACAGAAUACGUGGAAGACGAAAGCGACGAGACCUACUACCUUGAGGUUAUGGAAGAUCUUGUAUCCAGGUACAUAGGAAUGCCUCUGCUAAUCAAGUACAGUAAUGCUGGACCUUUUUCAAACAUUUUUCCACGCUUGACAAGUUUUGAAAUAUACAACGGUUUAAAACCCUUGCAUUUGAUUCUAUCUGCGAAUACUUUGGAGAAUAUAGCCAAAGCGGGGAUUUCAUACGAAAUGUUGGAAAAAGCUUCGGAGACACGGAGUAUCGCGAAAAUUUUGCAUCUGUUUAAAAUACGGACAAAUAAUAAACAACGGAUAAAUAACGAAUUCGAAACAGCAUAUGAAAUUCUGCAUUUCUUCGAAAACCAGGACCCGAGUCGCAAAAGUAAACGGCUGCAAGGAGCACCCGGAGACUUUUCGCGUGCGAAAAGACAAGAUAAUUCGACGAUUCUAACUGAGAAAGAAUCGAAACGACUUUUGGAUGCAAUUACGGUAGAAGAGAACGCUCAAAGCGAGUCAGAAUCGGAUUUAAGUAAGGAAGAACAGACUGAAAUUGAGAAUGAAAUCAUUGACGUAAUGUCAAAAGAUGGAACUCAAAACGAGCAAGACGGUUCAUUGGCUCAGCAGCCGGGAGAUCCUUUCGAUGCAUUCGGUAAUGAAGGCCAGGAAGAAAAGAAAGAUGAACCCGAUUUCAACGUGAUAGAACGAAUGCAAUUGGAGGAAGAGCUUGAUAAUCUAAUGGGGAUAAAAAGAGCCCGAAACGAGCAGGGAAAUUCAUUGAUCGAGCUAGAGGAAAAUCCUUCGACUGCAGCCAGUACUGAUUUCUCGAGACAAAUGCAAACUGAAGCGUAUCCAGUUGCGAAAAAGAGGAAGCAAAAUGAGAAUGAAAUCGAUGUAAGUAUGGCAGGAGGGGUAGCUCCAUUCAGGCAAAGAAAUUCAUUAAUCAUGCGACAGGGAGAACCUUCGACCGCAUUCAGUACUGAUCUCCAUGGGAAAAUGCAAACUGAACUUGAUUCAACUGAGAAAGAACAGAGACAAAUUUCGCAUGCACUUACCGCAGAAAAAAAUUUAUCGGACAACACCGAUAAUCCACUUUCCAUACAAGAGCAACUUCUUUUCGAUGAAAUCGCUGAAUUAAUGGGUGAGUCUACUGCAGUUGAGCAGUUCCAAGUCCAAAUAAUCGGUCUUAAUAAGAGCCGGUUCUAGUGGGCCACUCUUUAUUUUAGCAGGUCCCAGUUUAACGGUUUUCACUUGGCCAGAAUUAACAUAACCAGGACAAGGUAAACCAGGCGUAAGCGGAUAAUUUCGCUGACUAAAAUAAUCUUUUCUUCUUCUAAGAUGUAACGGAAUUAUCGGUGCUUGAAAAUAAAAGUUUUUUCCGGGC